UGUCCUUGCAUGUGUAAGCUUGACACAGCUGGGGCUCGAUAGCUACACCGUUGUCCUGCGUUGAUAAACGGAAACAACAAUAAAGGGCACACACUCGGUGGAAAACAUGGAGGAGAAAGUGGAGACCGUCGGUGUCAAACGCACCAGUUCGGAGCAGAGGAAGCUGCGUUCUCGUGAUGCGGCCCGAUGUAGGCGGAGUCAGGAGACAGAGGUGUUCUAUGAGCUGUCCAGCACUCUGCCGCUCCCCCGUCGAGUCUGCACCCACCUGGACAAAUCCGCCAUCAUGAGGGUCGCCCUCAGCUUCCUGCGAAUGCACCACUUCCUUCUCCAACCCGGUGAGAAGCAGAGCGAGGAGUCUGACGAAAAGAAGCAAGAGGAGGAGGAGAAGGAGGAGAAGGAGAAUGAGGAGGAUGAAGAGGAUCCAAUGGAUUCCUUCUAUCCGCAGGCACUGGCCGGCUUCAUCAUGGUGAUGACCGAGGAGGGAGACAUGAUCUACCUGACUGAAAACGUCAGCACUCACAUCGGCAUCCCACAGCUGGAGCUGCUGGGUCAGAGUAUCUAUGACUUUGUCCAUCCCUGCGAUCAGGAGGAGCUCAGAGACUUGCUAAAUCCACGUCCAGGUUCCAGUAAGAAGCCGUUGGCUAGACAGCCGAGCGAGAGGAACUUCUUCCUGCGGAUGAAGAGCACUCUGACCAGCAGGGGGCGCACCGUCAACAUUAAGUCGGCUGCCUGGAAGGUUCUCCACUGUACGGGUCACAUCCGUCAGCCGGGUGGAGGCUCGGCGGCGCCUCCUGUGGGCGGAGUGAUGACUCUCCUGUGUGAGCCCAUCCCUCACCCGUCCAGCGUGGAGUUCCCCUUGGACACGCGCACCUUCCUAACCCGCCACAGCAUGGACCUGCAAUUCACACACUGCGAGGGCAGGGUGACAGAGUUGGUGGGAUACAAACCUGAAGAUCUGAUUGGCCGCUCGGCCUACGAGUAUCAUCACGCCCUCGACUCCGAUCACGUCAACAAGAGUCUGCACACACUGCUGUCCAAAGGUCAAGUGAGCACCAGACACUAUCGUUUCCUGGCUAACGGCGGCGGCUUUGUGUGGGCGGAGACUCAGGCGACCGUCCUCUACAGCAGCAAGACAUCGCAGCCAGAGGCCGUCGUCUGCCUCAACUAUAUCCUCAGUGGCGUGGAGCAGCCGGACCUCGUCUUCUCUGCCGAACAGACUCGUUGUGGCCGGCCGCCUAAAUCCGAGCUCUGCACGCCGGCGGACGCACCGGAGGAUUGCGGGACUUCCGACAUUGCUGACCCUGAGAGUGCGUCUCUCGCCAUCUCCAGUCAGACUGAGGACGUAGAUCUGAAUCCCGGCAGCGCUGCCGAGCUUGUUUUCAAACUGAAGAAGGAGUCAGAGGAUGUUCUCCAGUUGGCUACUGAGGUCGGAAACCCCAUCGGCCCGCUGACGGGAGAUUUUGUGGGGCUGUCGUUCUCCAGUCCGCCCAGUCCAAACUCACUGCCGGACCACCCUCAGGACCUGUGCACCUCACAGCUGCGACAGCUCCUCUUGCCUAUCUUCAGCCCAAUGACGCCACCUUCAUCCUCGUCAUCAUCACCGGCCUCCCCACUUGAUGUUGAGUCGAUCUCCUGUGAGGAGGAGGUGACGGACACGAGCGAGGUGGAGAGGUUCUUUGCUGUUUGGCCAGAAAAUGGUCAGAAGAAAGUGGAACCAAUGGCGAUGGAGGUGAUGGAUCUGGAAAUGUUGGCUCCUUAUAUCUCCAUGGACGACGACUUCCAACUGACCGUCCACAGCAGUUUCCCGGAGGACUUGGACAAACCUCCGUCAUCUCCGUCCGAGUCCUCUGUUGUGACAAUGGCCGCCACAUUGAGCAGGAAACGGGCUCACGACCCAGAUGAGGAGAUGCUGUCCCAGCUGAUGAUUCAGGACAAGAGACAGAAACAAGACCCGCCCUCAAUAGAAGAGGAACUUCUUCUCAACCACAGACUUCUGAGCUGUCUGGAGGAAACCGACCAAUCAGAUUUGUACCUGAGCCCUGUUGCUGAAGGGCGAAGUCAGCUGCUCACAGACAGGGACCCUAUUUUAGGAGGCACACAGAGACCUGUUUCUCCAGCUCUGAUGAGGGACAUAUUCCCACCUCGUUGACCUGACCUUUUGCCGCCUCCUACGCCCAUGACUUGACAGAGACGAUCAAGAGUCACUGAGACUUCUGCGCUGAAACCGCCGGACACAAACAUAGACUGACGCACGCAGUGUAACCACGCUCCAAGAUCCGCCGUGACCUCCAUGCUUUUGUAGCUGAACCAGGAAAGGUCCAAGUGAGAACUGAUGACAGGUUUUAACGCAGGUGGUGCUGCAGUUGGCCUUCUCGAACCCAGUAGCUUGUUUUCUCAUUACAUUUUAAACGUAAUCUCUGAUUCAAUGUGAGAAUCCAGCAGUUGAAGCUAAAAAAUGUUUGUCAAAAAUUCUGUGAGACAAAUCUGGAAAUAUUUCUCCGUCCCGCUGAAUGCGAUUCUUCACAGCUAUCAAUUUAAUCACAUUCAACCCUUUCAGUUUCAUUAUUUAGGAUCCAUCCUGUGUUUUAUUUCAAAUUACGCAGACAGAAAAAACACAAUCUUUAUAUCAGUGGCAGCAUUUAUUUCAGUGGCAUAUUUUUUGUGUUAUUCUUAUACUAUCCGAAUUGUUACUAGUGAGUUAUUUUAAUCCAACUCCAAAUUCCUUGUGCCGUUUGUUUUAUUCGUCCUGUGGUGCCAGGUGGGUGGGGUUUACCAUAAGAUAACGUGAGGCUGCUUGGUGCCAGGCCGAAUCUAUUUACUACAGAGGAAAAACAAAGUGAGCUAAAUGAAAUAAAAAAGCAGUUUGGUUUGUCCCUUUUUAUUAUAAUUAAAACAAUUUAGGAAAUAGAAGAUGAUAGAUGAAAGUAAUAAAAGCAGUAGAUGUUUGCUUGUUUUAGGUAGCAACAGUUUUUUUUCCUGCUUUCGUUAGAGAUGCAUGUAAAACGCUAAUAUUGUGUCAAGUAUGAGUUUCAUUUUUUGACUUGUAACAACAAAUUGUGCCUCAACAUACUUGGUAUAAAGAGAGUAGACUUGUAUUUUACUUGUAGCCUUUGAUGAAUAUAUAACAUAUAUUGUGAUUUGUUUUUGGUCUCGGAUAAUGAUUUUCCACAAAUAAACCCUCAAACUGC